CCGCUUCUCUUUUCAAACAAACGCACCACUUUCUCUCUCUAGAGUUUCUCUCUCUAACUCCUCCUUAUUUAUGUUUGGCAAACCCACUCACUCUUUCAUCAAACCCACUCAAAUUUCACUCUAAAAAUGUCAUCCUCAACAGCAACAUCAGCUCUCCUUCUCCUUUUCUGCACUUUCUGGGCCGUUGCUGUCAAUGGCGCUGGUCAUCAACAUGCAUCCGCCCCCGCACCCACUACGGCCGUGGAUUGUUCUACCUUGGUGCUGAGCAUGGCCGAUUGUUUGUCUUUUGUGUCGAAUGACAGUACCACUACUCAGCCAGAGAAAAGCUGCUGUACUGGUUUGCAAACUGUUCUGAAAACCGAUGCUCAGUGUCUUUGUGAGGCUUUCAAAAGUAGUGCUCAGUUGGGUAUUGUUUUGAAUGUCACAAAGGCUGUUUCUUUGCCUGCUGCUUGCAAACUUCAUGCUCCUUCUGUUUCCAAUUGUGGAUUGGCUUUAACUCCUGCUGGUGCUCCUGGUGUAUCUCCAUCUACUGCUGCUGCACCUGGUGUGUUCCCCGGCGCAAAUCAGCAAGCACCAUCACCAUCUCCGGGAGAAGGCGGCGCUCAUGGACUAACAAUCUCGGUUGGAUCUCUAGUCAUUGGCCUCAUAAUAGCAUCAUUCUCUACUAGCUGAAAAAAUUGUGGUGCCGUAGCAGAGUGGUCUGAGGAACUAAUUUAGUGUAGUUAAUAUUUCGGGUUCCUGAAUCUUUUGCACAGCUCUCUUUAUGAGAACGUGGCUGAAAGUAGAUAUGAAUUCAUUUUGUGGUUCCUUAAAACUUGUUUUGCGGUUUUGACAUCUUUAGAUGUUAUGUUAUAAAUUCAUGUUUGGGUA